AUGCCGUGCGUUCACGCAACCCGUGCUGCUUGCUUGAGAGGUAAGUCAUUGUACGAUCUCUGCUCACCGCAUUACACAUCCGAGUAUUGGAAGGGUGCGUAUGGAGAAGCUAUAUAUCCUCCUUUGCUUGAAGUGGACUGGAUUGUACCAGUUGAAAUUAUAGUUACUCCUAUUAUGCCCCCCAGUGUGCUUCAUCCUCCAUGUAGACCACCCACACAACGUAAGCGAUCCAUACACGAGUGUACCACACGACUCAGGAAAUGCACUCGCUGCGGUGGACUUGGUCAUAACUGGACCACAUGUUUGAACCACACUCUACCACGUCCGAUAUGGUGCCUACCAUUCUUGACAAUUGUUCAACGGUCCGCUUAA